CUGUUGGCCUGGGAGCCGCUUGUCGGGCAAUGCCGUUCGUGCGCUACCGAAAGGUGGUGAUCCUGGGAUACCGCUCGGUCGGUAAGACAUCUCUUGCUCACCAGUUCGUUGAUGGGGAAUUUCUGGAAUGCUAUGACCCCACUGUGGAAAGCACUUACAACAAAAUGUUGAUGGUGGGAAAAGAUGAAUUCCACUUGCAGCUUGUGGACACUGCGGGACAGGAUGAAUACACUAUCUUGCCACACUCGUUUAUCAUUGGCAUCCAUGGCUAUGUGCUGGUCUAUUCGGUCACAUCUCUCAGAAGUUUUCAGGUGGUGAAGUCUCUGCACAGCAAGUUACACGAAAGUAGAGGGAAGACAAGGAUGCCUGUAGUGCUUGUUGGCAAUAAAGCUGAUCUGUCAUUAGAAAGUCGUCAGGUAAAGACGGAUGAAGGCCGGAAACUUGCUGAUUCAUGGGGUGCUGUGUUUUUGGAAUCCUCAGCAAAAGAAAACCAGAUGACUCAAGGUAUCUUCACAAAGGUCAUUGAAGAAAUUGAUCGUGUGGACAAUUCCUAUGGCGAACAGCGCAAUUGCACCAUAAUGUGAUGUUGCUUUCCCCCAUCUGAUGCUGCUCAGCCAGCGGGUGGAUGGGGGUAAAGCACAGACCCAGGCCAAAUCAGGGCAGGUGUUGUGGCUACCUAGAAUCCUGAUCAACAGGCCUAAACCAAUUUACGGGUAA